CGAGCAGACUAGACUGUAUGUCAAGGCCACUUGCGGCUGUAGAAUGCAAGGUUAGCAUUAAUUUUAUGCAAAAUGCUCGCCAAUUCAACCAAACGUUUUGGGCAAAGUUUAACAAAAUGUUUUCACACGAGUUGUGCACAAAACAUCACCAGGGAGUCUCGAGAUCCAAGAUUUUUUACACUUUAUCAACAUGCAAAGUCACGUCUGUUGGAUGACCAGAGGAAAAGCGGAGUGCUUUCACACAAGAUGGAAGUCAACAGAGUGAGACUUCACUUUGAAAUGACUGGAGAUGGCGACCACUAUGUCAUACUUCUGCCUGGAGCGCUAGGUUCAACAAGAACUGAUUUCAGUCAUCAAUUGCAAAAUUUUAACAAGACUGACUUCACGUUGAUAGCCAUCGACCCACGGGGCUAUGGACAGAGUAUUCCACCGAAUCGUGACUGGCCCUUGGAGUUUCUUCAGAGAGAUGCAGACGAUGCUUUUGAGUUGAUCAAGAAGCUGGGGGUAGAGAAAGUGUCGAUCCUGGGUUGGUCUGACGGGGGAAUAUCAGGGAUGAUUGCAGCGGCUCGCUACCCACAAAUGGUCAACAAACUUGUUGUCUGGGGAUCAAACGCCUACAUCACAAAGAAAGAUAUGGAUGUGUACAAUGGUAUUAAGGACAUCUCAAACUGGAGUGAGAAAAUGAGAUCACCCUUCCUUGCUUUGUAUGGGGAGAAAUAUUUCCGAGAACAGUGGCAAAAUUGGGUUGAUGCUUUCCAGAAUUAUUACGACAGCAGAAAUGGUGAUAUUUGCAUUCAAGAGGUUGAGAAAAUAAAAGCAAAGACCCUGAUAGUGCACGGUCUGAAGGACCCACUUGUGCCUUUAGAACACCCAGACUUCCUGCAUCAAACCAUUAAAGGAUCCAGGUUGUACAUCAUGCCAGAAGGGAAACACAACCUUCACCAGAAAUAUCACAGGGAAUUUAACUUCCUAGUGGAGCAUUUUCUUAAACAGUAGACUCCCUUUGUUAAAGUCCUGCUAUUGAAAAUUGUAAAUGACUUUGUGUUUUAAGUGCCCAGAAGACUUCAUUAACAUAUUCAUAAUAUUAACAACAAAUAAUACUUCAAAGUAUUUAAAUUCCCUUUCCUUGUAGACGUUCCUCCAUUGACGACUUGAAUGUUGUAUCAGAAUUUAAGUGCUAAAAAUAUUUUUCUAAACUAAAGUGCUUUAAUUUAUGUUCCUUUAAUCUCAUGUUUUUUAUGUUCAAUAUAUUCAUUUACACACAUUAAUUUAUGCAAGUAUUUAUUGUUUAAAAGAUGCUACUGUAGCCUAUGUUUCCUGUAGCAGAUAGCCAUAGUAAGUUCAACAUGUACAUUAUUCUGAAAUAGAAUUUGAAAAAUGUAAAAAAUGUUUUCUCCUUGUGCAAUGGUGUUCGAUUAUUUCUGCCUGUUUAUAUAACUUUUGAAGUUUUUUUAACUUUUACUAAACGCCAACUGUAUUGGUUUUAUGAAAAAAGUUUGUAAAAUUGAAGGAAAGCUGAGGAGUUCAGUAAUUAAUUAAUAAAAAGAUUUAGAUUGUUUUAGUGUACAAUUUUACUGUGUCAUGUAAUAGAUUGAACUUUCUUAAAAAUAAAGUUAUUUUGAUAA